CCUGAGACCAUUUUGUUUGUUUUUCUUAAUCCUUAGAUCUUUCCCCAGUGAAGGUGUCCCAUCCCUCUUGGGCCUUGAGCUCCAGACUACCCUGUUCAGUUUCUAAACAUGUGCCCUGGAUAAAUUAGGGUUUCUUUAGAUUGUGAAACAUCAGCCAGUAUAUUGCAGUGGAGCAAGAAGCUCCUAGAAGUCUUUUUCUGCCUGGGCUAUGCAGUGCCUUCCCCAUGCUACCUACAUACCACUGACUCUCUUAGCCCUUCAUCACAGCCCUCCUCUUGCUUUUCUUGGGUUCCUGGUAGAGUUUCUGUGUUCUAGUCAAAGUCCUUGUAUUUCUUGGUGGGAUCCGCGAAUAUGAUGAUGCUUGUUUCAGGAGUGAUUAAAAAAUUUUAGGGCUUUUCCAGCUCCAAAGUGCUGCUAGAUAUCUAACAGGAUCUUUCUUCAAGUUGCCCAGAAUAUCACUUGUGGUAGUUUAUAACAAUCCUGUAUAUUUCUAUUAAUUAACUGCCCCUCUCUCAUCCAUUACUCCAAAUUCAGGGGAGCCCUUAACCCCUGAGAGCUAGGAGGAGGAAGCAAUUAGAUGAGAAGGGAGAAGAGAGCUACAGGCUCUGGCCCCAGAGCAGUCCCUUGUUCUGGCUGCAUCUCUUCAGUUUCUGUCAGGUGUCUCCUGUGCUUAGGGACAGGUUAAGGAAUUCGGUUGGUGAGAGGACUCCCCCUUUCAUCCCUUCCUUCCAUGUGGGUGUGUGUUUUGGUGUCUGCUGGUCCUGGCCCCACCAAUUGACACCCCUUUGUCUUUUCUGUGACACACUGAAAAGAGUGUGGGCUUCAGACUCAGCCCAGAUGAAAUUCAAGUCCUAGCACCAUCACUUAAAUACCUUAGGAAAAUUACAUACUUUCUAAGCCUGAAAUAUUUCACUAGUAAAACAGGUGGAUAAGGCUUACUUCUUCGGAGGUUGAAAGGCUUUAGUGAGGUAAUAUCUCAAAAGCACUUAGCUCAUAGAAGAUGCUUAAUAAAAUGUCAGGUUUUCUCCCAUCCCCCCCCACUCCAAAAAACCAAAACCAAAACCAAAGCCCUAGUUUCUGAUCAUUAGAAGGCACACGGAUGAGCUUGGGUUUUAGCCAGCUUCUUCUGUGACUCUCUGUACUAUUUUGAGCCCCUUACUCCUUGGCUCUUUAUCCAACUCCCCCCAUCUGUUCUGUGGUCCAUUGUACCAGAGCUUCUCUUUCCCGGUUUAAGAAAUUCUUUUGCCACCAGAAAGGACCCUCUUACCCAAAGGUCAAAAUAUGAAAGAAGGGAGAGAUGGAGCUAAAGGAAAAGGUUUGGACAGAGACCUUGGAAUAAAAGACUCAAAGGAUUUCUCUCUCAGGAAUGUGCAGUGACCAACCUGGCACCAGUCCAUAUGUCCACUCUCAGGGGCAAAAAGGAGGGUAUAGGGUGAGUGGCAUUUAGAGAGGUCAGGGGACUGGAGGACGCCGAUGUGAUAGCAGUAUCGUGGGUGGAAGUUCUGGAGGGAAAGGAGGAAGCGUUGAAAGUGGAAAGCGUAUGGGGUGAAGAUAGGCGAGCUCCAUCUUAGGAUCCAGAACAGGCGUCGGAGAACUCCGACAGGAGAGGACGUGGGGACGGAUUUUGUGAAAAGUGGGGCGUGGGGUGGCUCACCUGGGAAGUGGGAAAUGAGAAGACGUUGGCGGGCUCGCCUCCCCCUCCCCUGUGGUCUGGGGGAAGUCCAGCAGCCAGGACCCAAGAAAUACCCCAGCUGUUUCAGGGGAGCCUCCUCCCACGCGGCCGAAGAGCUGCGGAGGGGGCGGGGGCUGGGGCUGUGGGCGGAUCCGCGCCUCCCUCCCCUCCCUUUCGCGCUCUUGCCGGAGGGCGGAGCUGGGUCCGCUCCAUUGUGGAGAGGAGGGGACCGGCGCGCGGGAGCCGCUCCAAGGCCCGGCCGCCGGCGCGCUCGCCUGCUGGCUGCCGCGGCUGCACUUGGCGAACCCCGCAGCCGGGAUGCGGCGGGCGCUCGGGGUUGGCGGGCAGCACAGCGGCUCCCGGGACAUGUGCGCUGGUCCAGACCGCCCGCGACCAUGAGCCUGACCGCCCGCGUCUCUUGCUCCAUGCUCAGCUGCUUCGGUGAGGAGGGGCCCCCCAGCCUGGAGUACAUCCAAGCCAAGGAUCUGUUUCCCCCCAAGGAACUGGUGAAGGAAGAGGAAAAUCUGCAGGUGCCCUUCACAGUGCUUCAGGGUGAGGGAGUGGAGUUCCUGGGCCGGGCAGCUGAUGCCCUCAUUGCCAUCUCCAACUACCGGCUACAUAUCAAGUUCAAGGACUCUGUCAUCAACGUCCCCCUCCGGAUGAUUGACAGCGUGGAGAGUUGUGAUAUGUUCCAGCUGCACAUUGCCUGCAAGGACUCCAAAGUGGUGAGGUGCCACUUCUCUACAUUCAAGCAGUGCCAAGAAUGGCUCUCACGGCUAAGCCGGGCCACGGCGAGACCUGCCAAGCCUGAGGACCUCUUUGCCUUCGCCUACCACGCCUGGUGCCUGGGGCUGACAGAGGAAGACCAGCACACCCACCUGUGUCAGCCAGGAGAGCACAUACGAUGUCGGCAGGAGGCUGAGCUCACAAGGCUGGGCUUUGAUCUGCAGAACGUCUGGAGAGUCUCACACAUCAACAGCAACUACAAAUUGUGCCCCAGUUACCCCCAGAAGUUGCUGGUUCCUGUGUGGAUCACAGAUAAAGAGCUGGAGAGCGUGGCUUCCUUCCGCUCCUGGAAGCGGAUUCCUGUGGUUGUGUAUAGACACCUGCGCAACGGGGCUGCCAUUGCCCGCUGCAGCCAGCCCGAGAUCAGCUGGUGGGGCUGGCGCAACGCUGAUGAUGAGUACCUGGUCACCUCCAUUGCCAAAGCCUGUGCCCUGGACCCAGGGACUCGGGCCCCAGGGUGCCCCCCCAGCACUGGAAAUAGUGACACCAGUGAGGCCUGCGACACUGACUUUGAUUCCUCCCUGACCGCAUGCUCUGGGGUGGAGAACACAAUGGCCCCUCAGAAGCUGCUGAUCCUGGAUGCUCGCUCCUAUACGGCGGCAGUGGCCAACCGGGCCAAGGGUGGAGGUUGCGAAUGCGAAGAGUACUACCCCAACUGCGAGGUGGUGUUCAUGGGAAUGGCCAACAUCCAUGCCAUCCGGAACAGCUUCCAGUACCUCCGGGCUGUAUGUAGCCAGAUGCCCGAUCCCAGCAACUGGUUGUCGGCACUGGAGAGCACCAAAUGGCUGCAGCACUUGUCCAUGAUGCUAAAAGCGGCUGUGCUGGUGGCUAAUACCGUAGACCGGGAAGGCCGGCCUGUGCUGGUGCACUGCUCGGAUGGCUGGGACCGGACACCACAGAUUGUAGCCCUGGCCAAAAUACUGCUGGACCCAUAUUACAGGACACUGGAGGGCUUCCAAGUGUUAGUGGAGUCCGACUGGCUGGAUUUUGGGCACAAGUUUGGAGAUCGCUGUGGCCACCAGGAGAAUGCAGAGGACCAAAACGAACAAUGUCCCGUGUUUCUCCAGUGGCUUGAUUCUGUUCAUCAGUUGCUCAAGCAGUUCCCCUGCCUGUUUGAGUUUAAUGAAGCAUUCCUGGUCAAACUGGUGCAGCACACAUACUCCUGCCUCUAUGGCACGUUCCUGGCCAACAACCCCUGUGAGCGAGAGAAGCGCAACAUCUAUAAGCGGACUUGCUCUGUGUGGGCUCUCCUGCGAGCCGGCAAUAAGAACUUCCAUAACUUCCUCUACACACCUGGCUCGGACUUGGUCCUGCACCCUGUGUGUCAUGUCCGAGCCCUGCACCUCUGGACGGCUGUUUACCUGCCAGCUUCGUCUCCGUGCACACUUGGGGAGGAGAACAUGGAUCUUUACCUUUCCCCUGUAGCUCAGAGCCAGGAGUUCUCUGGCCGCUCUCUGGACAGAUUACCUAAAACCAGAUCCAUGGAUGAUCUUCUAUCUGCCUGUGACACAAGCAGCCCUCUGACUCGCACAUCCAGUGACCCUAACCUGAAUAACCACUGUCAGGAAGCCAGAGGAGGUCUGGAGCCCUGGCACAGCAAUCCUGAGGGAUCAGAGACAAGCUUCGGGGAUUCUGGGGCAGGAGGUCCUCAGCAGAGUGUAGGAGAAAUGGCUCUUUCCCUCCCUCUGACCAGCAACCAGAAAGACUGCUCGAGCAACAAAUCUUUCAAGAGCCACAACAGCUAUUCUCCAAAUUACAAACUGCUUAAUGCUGCAGUGCCCCAGGAAGUAGAGGGCAGUACCUCUGGUCCUGAGAUCAAAGUCCCGAAAGAGACGAAGCCACCUGCUCUAGACCCUCCUGCCCAGGAUGAGCUGGAUAGGACUUUAGAUGACACAGGGGAGCCACCUGAACAUUUUCCUGGAAAUGAUGCUGUCAGUGCUCUCUCUAAGGCCUUUUCCAACAAAUGUGAUGGAAUUUGUGAGUUUUCUGAGCCUUCCCAGGACUCUUUUACAGGCACCUCCCAACAGAUCCAACCAGACUCCGUGUUGGGUGUGCCCUCCAGCUGUGCUCCCAACCCAUUGAGUGCUGCUUGCCAAAUUCCUCUAGACCCAAGCCCUGGCUUCCUCAGCCAAGAUCCUCCAGGGUCUGGAGCAAAUAUCUCCCACCAGGAACAUCCCAGUUCUGCACCAGAUCUGAUCUGUGAGGAGGAAGACACUGGCAAAAGAAGGAAUAGUAGAAAUGGGCAGUUAUUGGAAAACCCUCGCUUUGGGAAAAUACCCUUUGAAUUGGCCCGAAAGCCAAUUUCUCAGAGCCAGAUCAGUGAGUUCUCUUUUCUAGGGUCCAACUGGGACAGCUUCCAAGGGAUGGUGACUUCAUUCCCAAGUGGGGAGACUACCCCUCAGAGGCUGCUGUCCUAUGGCUGUUGUAGCAAGAGGUCAAGUAGCAAGCAGAUGCGGGAAACGGGGCCCUGCUUUGGAAGCCAGUGGGCUCAGAGAGAAGGUGUGAAGUCACCUGUGUGUUCUAGUCAUUCCAAUGGACACUGUACUGGUCCAGGAGGAAAAAACAACCGGAUGUGGUUGUCUAGUCACCCAAAGCAGGUCACCAUCACAAAGCCUGUUCCACUGAGCUGCCCUUCUCCAGUGCCUCCUCUCUACUUGGAUGACGAUGGACUCCCCUUUCCCACGGAUGUGAUCCAGCAUAGAUUAAGGCAAAUUGAAGCAAGCUACAAGCAAGAGGUGGAGCAGCUACGUCGACAGGUGCAUGAGCUUCAGAUGAGGCUGGAUAUACGUCACUGCUAUGCCCCUCCAGCAGAGCCCCCCAUGGACUAUGAAGAUGAUUUUACGUGUUUGAAGGAGUCAGAUGGCAGUGAUACAGAGGAUUUUGGCUCUGAUCACAGUGAAGACUGCCUUUCAGAAGCAAGCUGGGAACCUGUUGAUAAGAAAGAGACUGAGGUGACUCGCUGGGUUCCAGACCAUAUGGCAUCACAUUGCUAUAACUGUGACUGUGAAUUCUGGUUGGCCAAGCGAAGACACCAUUGCAGAAACUGUGGGAAUGUAUUUUGUGCUGGAUGCUGCCACCUGAAGCUACCCAUUCCUGAUCAACAACUCUAUGACCCAGUUCUCGUCUGUAACUCAUGUUAUGAACACAUCCAAGUAUCUCGUGCCAGGGAACUCAUGAGCCAACAUCUGAAGAAACCCAUCGCUACAGCUUCCAGCUGAAUAUCAGAGGAGAUGACCUGUCCAAUUUUAGCAGGUUUGCAGGGAGGAUUUGCUUCAGGUGUAGUUUCGAAGGUUCCUUGGUGUGGCUCAUGAAAUCACAGAGCUCAAAGCUACCAUCUUGAGAAAUCUUCCCUGGUACCACGAGACUGGAGCAGAGGAAUUCCAAUUGGGCAGGAAGUCCUCUACUAGUGAGACCCUCACCUUGGGGUAAUGGUCCUGAUCCAGACCCGGAGUCUGGAAGCUUAACGUUGGGUUGGUGACUCCAGCUUCUUUCUCCUGGGGAUCACAUGAUGAUGAUUUCAUAGAUACUGCCUGGUGCAAAGUGCCCCAAACAGCAAUAGAAAGGCAUAUGUAUAACCAAACUCCCAAGUGAUAACCAGACCCAUCUUUCCCCCCCCUCGAAAAAAGCAGACUAUAGUAUAUAAGAUAGGAAUUCCUAUCCUAUUUGAGAUGAAAUAUACCCCGUAUCUCUGUGCUCUGUGUCUGUGCAUGAAGGCUCAGUCUUUAGAGGCACUCCCUCUAGUUGCAUUAGUUCUGUCUUUCUGUGGAGUUUGGUUUAAAGACUGAUUCAGCAAGUGGAGGUUUCAAUGUAUUUUUCACUUGGCUCAUCAGCCACGAUCAGUGAAUAUUCAGUUUAAGGGGACAGUUCUAGGGAGUGAGACAUUUUUGGGGGCAGAGGAAAACUGCUCAUGUUCAAUCCUGGCAAAAAUCAGUUGUUGUGAGCUGUAAAAGCAGUAGUCUCUGUUACUCAGUGGCAAGCUCUUGAGGUAUGCACUGUGAAGAAUGAGGAGAAGGGAAGAGCAAAAUUAUCCUUGUGAAAUAUCUGCUGAUAUGUGCCCUACCCUUUGCGCCUGACUUUUCCUAGUUGUCCUGGUGCUAACACAGGAGUUACACCUUGAUCCUCUCCUGGCAUGAAAAUGAAAUGAAACAAUGGGUUUUAUUUUGGUUUUUGCAUCUUUUUUUUUUUUUUUUUUGUUUUGGUUUUGGUUUUGUUCAACCACCCACUUCCCCCAUGUUGUCUUUCCCUUGGCUGCUGCCUCCUCUGGGUCACACUGCUUCUUAUCCUGAACACUUGACACCUUGAGGGUAGAAUUUAGUGUUUGGUUUUUACCUCCUAGAAUAUGCUGUUUGGUAUGUGAGGGUUUCAGUACAAAUGCUGCUGUCUAUUUCUGUGCACUUAACAAUGGAACCCAAACAGAAGAGAAUAAAGCGUUAAUACCAAAAUUGGAAGAGAAAAUGUGUCCAUUUGGACCAAACAUUGUGUUUUUGUUUUUGUUUUUCAUCUGAAUAUGUAUCAGUGGCACUUAACCAAAAGAUACAGUGAUAUAGCCAUGUUCUUGGUUGGGACAGAUACAGUCUCCUUGGCCUAUACUGAAACCACUAGGACUUCCUUUAUAUAUUUUCCUUAAUUUGUUGGUGUAUAAAAGAUAAAUUGCAUUUAGGCUUAUCCUGUUUUAAGACUAUGGUAGCCAGCCAUCUGCCAAACUGCUACUUUCAUGUUGCUUUCCAGAAAAAAUUUUUUUCUUCAUUCAAAAAUAACUAGGAUCUGCAUUUAGAACAAGAAUUGUUACUUGUCCUGAUCUUUUCUUCAGACCUAUGGAGAAGCAUCUGUGCUUCUUUUAUACUUGCCAUGGAUGUAACCUAAAAAGUUUUGGCGUAUUUAGGUCAGCCUAGUAGAACUUUUUUUGUUUAGAUGGAGUUGAAUAAUGGAGAGCCUGUGUCUGGGAAAUUCCUGAGAUCAUUGAAAAAACGUAACAAACUAUUCCUUGUCUCUGAUACAUAAAAUUCUUCUAAGCAUCCUCUCAAUCAUUAAAAUUUUUACUGCCAGUUGUGAGUGGCUUUUUAAUUAACUUUUACUGCACUUUACUCUGCCCAUUUUCAGGGGGAGUAAGAUUGGUAACAUUUGGGGAGACUGUAUCUGUCUACCUUGUGUGGCUGUUUCUAGGGACUGUCCCCAUGAGUGAACAAACUGCAUGGCCUUGGAGAGAGACUCUGGGCUCUCUGCUCAGAUGUAUUCAUCAAAUACUCCUUUCAGAGCUCUUGUGGGUGUAAGUGACAUGAUGUGGCCAAAAAUCCAAACUGUGCAGUCGCGUUGUGACAAACAUGCAAUGUGCUGUAAAAACUCAGUACAGUUUAAAUAAAAUCUCUAUAUUA